CAACAAAAAGUGGGUGGAGAAGGAAGGAAAGCUGUCUGCGAAGUGGUGAAGUUGUCAGAGGCAAGAUCGAAACACAAACCAUAGACAUGGAUUGAGUCACACACCGAAUAUACUUAGAUUGAUUUCGCGUCGUUUAUUUUGAGCGAAUUCCUUGUGCGUGGUUGUUCUGUUCUUUCUAGCGUCGAUCAACAACGCACUUCAUAAUGGCUGAGGAAAUGAAGAAGUAUUUGAAGCAGCUGCUAUCAAAAGUUGACAAUCUUCUGUGCAUCCUGAUCACUGAUAGAGAUGGUGUUCCUAUUCUUAAAGCUGUAAAUGAAAAGUGUCCUGAGCUGGCCAUGCGACCCAACUUUUUAACAACUUUUGCGAUGGCAACAGAUCAAAGCAGCAAACUUGGCCAGGGCAGGAAUAAAACUAUAAUCUGCAUGUAUUCAUCAUAUCAGGUUAUCCAAAUGAAUAAAUUGCCUCUUAUUCUAAACUUUGUUGCAACUGCUGAUUGCAACACAGGCCACAUUCUCUCGUUGGAACCUCUUAUUGAGCCUCUUCUGGGUGGACUGAAAGGUGCCGUCAUAGAAUCCUGAGGGGAGCCUUCGCCUGGCCAGCUCCAAGAUUGGAACGUCAUCAUGUAGACUACCAAGGCAGCCAGGCGAACUGAUGAUAAAUGUUCAACUGUUGUGCGCGUAUGUGUGAUUGUUUAAGGAGUCCUCAUCAAAAUGGUAUACUUUGAAAAUUGAGGUACUAAUGAAAUAAGUAUUCUGUGUCUGUGCAACUUGGAACUCUGGAAGAUAUGUUGUAGCAAGACAAGAAUGUCUACAAAUCACAAGACUGUGAAGUAAGAAGCAAGUUUACUUUUCUCUCUCUAAAAUAUAUAAUUGUGAUAACUGUUACUAAGUGAGCUUUCAUUUUAAAAAAAGCUCCAGUCUUUUCUUUGUUGAUACUUAUUAUAGCUGUCUGGUAAAUUGAAGAGACAAUUCUUCAGUGUGCUAGUUUGUAGAAGUGAGCAUGUGCAAAAAUUCUGUUUUGAUAUUUUUUAAAAUGAUUAUAUUCCAAUGAACAAUUUUUAUAUGACUUGAAAACAAUUUUAAUGAUCUUCUGCAAAUAUCUUAGAAAUAAGAUAUUCCAGCCUAUACAGGUGAAGGCAUAGGCUGACCCUUGAGCGCACACAGGAUAUUUUUUGCUGCUAGGACUGCCAUUGCUGCUCGAGUGCCCACUGUUGCACUUCCUACAUGUGGAAAUAGUACUAGAAGAGCAAGAAUAUGCAGGAUUAUUAAUUUUACCCAUCUUGCAAAGGGCAGUCCAAUGUUACUAGGAGGAGAUAUUUGACCACUUACCACAGUUAUCAAGGCUAACCAAGGGAUGGUCUACUGGUAUAGGCUCUGGCACCAUGACAUCCAAGCCAGCACCCCAUAUUUUCUUAGUCUUCAAUGCAUCAACUAGUGCUUCUUGAUCUAUACAACCUGUCAAGAUACAAUAAACUUGAUACAUAUGCUCAAUGUUAA